AUGGAUCCUGGUGUAUCACCAAAGUUUGCGUUGCCGGAGACAUUCGACGGCGUGAGAAUGGAGAUCACAGGCCAACUAGGAAUGAUCUGGGAGCUAGUGAAAGCACCAGUGAUUGUUCCUCUCCUUCAAUUCUCUGUUUACAUAUGCUUGAUCAUGUCUAUUAUGCUCUUAUGUGAGAGAGUUUACAUGGGAAUCGUCAUCGUCCUCGUCAAACUCUUCUGGAAAAAACCAGACAAACGCUACAAAUUCGAUCCCAUUCACGACGACGAAGAGAUUGGAUCCUCCAAUUUCCCAGUCGUCCUCGUGCAAAUCCCCAUGUUCAACGAACGAGAGGUUUAUAAGCUAUCAAUAGGAGCGGCGUGUGGACUAUCGUGGCCGUCCGAUCGACUCGUGAUUCAAGUCUUGGAUGACUCCACAGAUCCUACUGUUAAGCAAAUGGUGGAAAUGGAGUGUCAAAGAUGGGCAAGUAAAGGAAUCAAUAUUAGGUAUCAAAUAAGAGAGAACAGAGUUGGUUACAAAGCCGGUGCUUUAAAAGAAGGACUCAAACGAAGUUAUGUCAAACAUUGCGAAUUCGUCGUCAUUUUCGACGCCGAUUUUCAGCCUGAACCCGAUUUCCUUCGCCGUAGCAUUCCAUUUCUCAUCCAUAAUCCCAACAUUGCACUAGUCCAAGCUCGAUGGCGUUUCGUAAAUUCUGAUGAAUGCUUAUUGACAAGGAUGCAAGAAAUGUCGUUGGAUUAUCAUUUCACUGUGGAGCAAGAAGUUGGUUCAUCAACACAUGCUUUUUUCGGCUUCAACGGAACCGCCGGAAUAUGGAGAAUUGCGGCAAUAAAUGAAGCCGGUGGGUGGAAAGAUCGGACCACCGUGGAAGAUAUGGACCUCGCCGUCCGAGCAAGUCUCCGCGGCUGGAAAUUUCUCUACCUCGGUGACCUUCAGGUGAAAAGUGAGCUUCCAAGUACUUUUAGAGCCUUCCGUUUUCAGCAACAUAGAUGGUCUUGUGGACCAGCAAAUCUCUUUAGGAAAAUGGUCAUGGAGAUCAUCAGAAACAAGAAAGUGAGAUUCUGGAAGAAAGUGUAUGUGAUUUACAGCUUCUUCUUUGUGAGGAAAAUCAUUGCACAUUGGGUCACAUUUUGUUUCUACUGCGUUGUUCUUCCUCUCACUAUUCUCGUCCCCGAGGUUAAAGUUCCGAUUUGGGGUUCCGUUUAUAUCCCUUCCAUCAUCACUAUCCUCAACUCCGUCGGUACUCCAAGGUCGAUUCAUCUACUGUUCUAUUGGAUUCUGUUCGAGAAUGUGAUGUCGCUGCAUCGUACAAAGGCCACUCUCAUUGGUCUGUUUGAGGCAGGUAGGGCUAACGAAUGGGUCGUGACUGCUAAGCUUGGAAGUGGUCAGACGAACGCUAAAGGGAACACUAAAGGGCUCAAAAGGUUCCCUAGAAUCUUCAAAUUACCUGACCGAUUGAAUACAUUGGAGCUAGGAUUCGCAGCGUUCUUGUUUGUGUGUGGAUGCUAUGACUUUGUGCAUGGGAAGAACAAUUACUUCAUCUACCUGUUUCUUCAGACAUUGUCUUUCUUCAUCAGUGGGCUUGGCUGGAUUGGGACUUAUGUCCCGAGUUAG